UAGGUAGCGCAGUCGGAAGUCUGGAGCGGGCUCUGUCGAAGGCCCUCUUUACACCGCCGACUUGGCUUUAACGUGCACCUGGAGCUGGGGCGUUCGGGUUGUGGAUGGCGGCGGCAGCCGAGCCCAGUGCCCCGACCUGGCCGGGAAGUGGUUCCCCACGUCUCGGCAGCCCGGCCGGCAGCCCUGUGCUGGGCAUCUCGGGCCGCGCACGCCCGGGGUCAGGGCCGGAGUGGACUGGCAGAGCUAUUGGCUCCUCAGCACCCGGUCACAGCUUUCGCAAGGUGACACUCACUAAGCCUACCUUCUGCCACCUCUGCUCGGACUUCAUCUGGGGACUGGCCGGCUUCCUGUGCGAUGUCUGCAACUUCAUGUCCCAUGAGAAGUGUCUGAAGCAGGUGAAGACCCCAUGCACAAGCAUUGCACCAAGCCUAGUCCGGGUCCCUGUAGCCCACUGCUUUGGUUCCCUUGGUCUCUACAAGCGCAAGUUCUGUGUGGUCUGCCGCAAGAGCCUGGAGGUACCUGCAUUCCGCUGUGAAGUGUGUGAGCUGCACGUUCACCCCGACUGUGUACCCUUCGCCUGCAGCGACUGUCGUCAGUGCCACCAGGAUGGACAGCAGGAGUAUGACACGUAUCACCACCACUGGAGGGAGGGGAACCUUCCUUCUGGUGCACGAUGUGAGGUCUGUAGGAAGACUUGUGGCUCCUCGGAUGUGCUGGCUGGUGUACGCUGCGAGUGGUGUGGUGUACAGGCUCACUCAGUGUGCUCCACAGCACUCACACCUGAGUGUACAUUUGGACGUCUACGCUCCAUGGUACUGCCUCCUUCGAGUGUGCGCUUGUUGUCCCGAAACUUCAGCAAGAUGCACUGCUUCCGAAUCCCUGAGACCAUGGUCCUGGAGUUUGGUGAGGCAGAGAUGGGACUGGGGUAUACCCUGGAUGGUCCAGGCAGUGAGUAUAAGGGCUUUGUCUGUCCUUCAGGUGAUGGGGAUGAUGGCCUAGAUGGGAGUGCUGCUAUAGGCACAGGCAGAGAGGUGCUGACAGCUACAGAAUCCACCAAACAGACUCUGAAGAUCUUUGAUGGCAACGACUCCAUGAGGAAAAAUCAGUUUCGUCUGGUUACGGUUUCCCGCCUGGCUCGGAAUGAGGAAGUGAUGGAGGCAGCACUCCGGGCCUACUAUAUCAGUGAGGACCCUAAGGACUUCCAGCUGCAGGCACUGCCCCUGACCUUACUGUCUGGCAAUGCCCAGGCUCUGAGGAAGGCUGGGACCACUGAGGAGGAGGCUAGUAAAGGCUCUGGGCCCCAGGAUUCCAUGCCUGAGGCCUGGGUCAUCAGGUCUCUGCCUCGUACUCAAGAGAUCCUGAAGAUCUACCCUGGCUGGCUCAAGGUAGGUGUAGCCUAUGUGUCCAUCCAUGUGAACUCCCAGAGUACAGCGCGGUCUGUGGUUCAAGAGGUUCUCCCUCUGUUUGGACAACAGGUUGAGGAUCAGGAGAGAUUCCAGCUGGUUGAGGUGCUCAUGAGCAGCAGACAAGUCCAACGGACAGUGCUGGCAGAUGAAGAACCUCUGCUAGACCGACUCUGGGACAUCCGACAGACAUCUGUGCGCCAGGUGAGCCAGACGCGGUUCUGCGUGGCCGAGACCAGGGCCAUGGUCCCACAUGUCUCCCUGUUCGUGGGUGGCUUGCCACCUGGCUUGUCCCCCCAGGAUUACAGCAACCUGCUGCAUGAAGCCAUGGCCACCAAAGCUGCUGUGGUGUCUGUGAGUCACGUCUACGCCUUACAAGGUGCAGUAAUUCUGGAUGUCACCUGCUUCGCGGAGGCUGAGCGGCUAUACAUGCUGGCCAGGGACACAGCAGUGCAUGGCCGGCCACUGACUGCAUUGGUGCUUCCAGAUGUGCUGCACACGAAGCUGCCUCCUGAUUGCUGCCCUCUCCUCGUGUUUGUGAACCCCAAGAGUGGGGGUCUCAAGGGACGAGAACUGCUCUGCAGUUUCCGGAAGCUGCUGAAUCCGCACCAGGUCUUUGAGCUAACCAACGGGGGCCCUCUUCCUGGGUUCCACCUUUUCUCCCAGGUACCCUGUUUUCGGGUACUGGUAUGUGGUGGAGAUGGCACCGUUGGCUGGGUACUCGCUGCCCUGGAGGAGACAAGGCGCCAUCUGGCCUGCCCAGAGCCAUCUGUGGCCAUCCUGCCCCUGGGUACAGGGAAUGACCUCGGCCGGGUCCUUCGCUGGGGGGCAGGCUAUAGUGGUGAGGACCCAUUUUCUGUGCUGGUGUCUGUGGAUGAGGCUGAUGCUGUGCUCAUGGAUCGAUGGACAAUCCUGCUGGAUGCUCAUGAAAUUAAUAGUACAGAGGACAAUGUGGUAGAAACAGAUCCCCCCAAGAUUGUUCAGAUGAAUAACUACUGUGGCAUUGGUAUUGAUGCGGAGCUCAGCCUGGACUUCCACCAGGCACGUGAAGAGGAGCCUGGCAAAUUCACAAGCAGGUUUCACAACAAGGGCGUGUAUGUGCGGGUCGGGCUGCAGAAGAUCAGCCACUCUCGAAGCCUACACAAGGAGAUCCGGCUGCAGGUGGAGCAGCAGGAGGUGGAGCUACCCAGCAUUGAGGGUCUCAUCUUCAUUAACAUCCCCAGCUGGGGCUCAGGGGCCGACCUGUGGGGCUCUGACAGUGACUCAAGGUUUGAGAAGCCACGAAUAGACGACGGGCUGUUGGAGGUGGUGGGUGUGACAGGUGUCGUGCACAUGGGCCAGGUACAAGGUGGGCUGCGCUCUGGAAUCCGCAUUGCCCAGGGCUCCUACUUCCGUGUCACACUCCUCAAGGCUACUCCAGUGCAGGUGGAUGGUGAGCCCUGGGUUCAGGCCCCAGGUCACAUGAUCAUCUCUGCUACUGCACCUAAGGUUCACAUGCUGAGGAAGGCUAAGCAGAAGCCCAGGAAGACUGGCACCAUCAGGGAUACUUGAGUAGACACCUUGCCUCCUCCUAAGAUGAAAGGUCUCAACCACCCAGCCUUUCUCAUCUUUGGUUGGUCACACACUGGCUGGCCAACAGGUGUAAUUAGCUGUAGCACUGACCAUAGAAUCUUCAUGGGUCUUGGGAUAUUUCCAUCUCAAUGUCAUGUGCAAACUUAGGAGUGGGUAGGUAAUGGUCAUUACUCACUCUGCCAUACAUAGUACCAGUGUAUAUGACUGAGCGCAUGAGGCUCUGGCUAGCUUGUCUUCUGCACAAGACUAGUUCUUAUAGGAUAAGCAGAGCUGGUUCUGUUAGCCACAUUCCUUCCUCUGAAACCUCUCUUAAAAUCCUUUUAGGCCCAAUACAUCUGGAUGCAGGCCAUCCAGGUGGGUUCUCUGAUUUCACUUUAUGUUCUUUCAAAGCAGCUAUCCAUGUUGGGCCCCAGCCUAACAGAUAUGGAAAGCUGCCUGUUCUCCUGUACCAAUUGGGUGGGUGUGGCAUCCUCAAGUCCCCUGGGCUUACCACUAGACAUCAGUGUGGGCUGAAGAUAUUAGUUACAAGGUCUCAUCCAGCUGGUGGCCACCAACUGACAAAGUUGUGCUUAGGGAUGGGAAUCUGUCUACCCAUCGAGGUGAAUUUAGCUAUCACUCAUGUGUUACAGCUGGAGUGUGUGCUAGGCCCUGAGUGUCCCUCAACUCCAGAGUGGACACCUAGUGCACAGAAGGGUUCAGAACAGGGCCAGGUGGUAUCUGGUUGAGGAGUGUGUAGAUGACAUCUGUUGUGGAGUAGCUAGAACUCCCUUAAGACUCAACUUAUAGCACUUUAUAUACAUGGUGUUUGCCUGCCUACAGCCCUGCCUUGCAGAUGUAGAGCUUCUACUCUGGGUCCUAUACAAAUGGAAGCAGCUCUGAUGGCCAGGCCUUGCUAGAGGCACCAGGUUCACAGAAUAAGACAAAAGUUGUCUCUUCCAUGCACCCAAGAAUCCACUGUCAUACUUCAGACCCUAGGAAGAACCUGUCUAAAAAUGAGCUGCCUAGCUAAGCCUGGUACAUGCUUAUAAUUCAUUUCUCGGGGCUAAAGCAUAACUGAGUUAUUGUGCUAAAGCCCCUCUCAAAAAGUGAAAACAUUAAAAGAAAAAAAAAAAAAAAAGGCUAGAGACAUUUAAAGGUCUAGCUCCAGCCCUGGAUAGGGGAGACCUAUGUGGAAGGCCUAGGAUGGUUACCUCACACCCCCAAAACUAAGUCUCCAUCCUUCUCCUGUUUGUCAUUUCUCAGCUUGUAGACACCUUCAGAAGUGUGACACUGGGGUAGUGUGGACCAGGGUGUCUACCUGCCCAGCAGUUUCAUAGACCAUUGUGCCACCCCUCACCUGCUUCUGCCAAAAUUGCAUACAAGUGCAUCAGAUAGCCAUUUGUGAUCUCAGUGUAGGUGAUCAUGUUUACAUCAUUUUCAAUAUUCAAAAGAAAUUCUUUGUGAUGUAAUUUUUCAUUUUUAUUUCAAUCUGUAGGAAUUGUUUGUAAAUUACAGCCAGUGUAGCAUGUCCUCUGUAUUUAAAUGAGAUUGUCCUUAUGCGGAGUGUGUCCUGUGCACUGGUCCUGUCUUUGUAUGUAAUUUAUCACUACCUGAAUGUGAUCUAAUUUAUAUCUGGGUCAAAUACACAGUGUGGGCUUUGCUGU